UGAUCUGUUCUUAAGCUUGUAGCUUUUUCGUGGACGACACGAUCCGACUCUACCGCUGCUUUCUCUCUCUAUAUCCCCUUUCUCUCUCUAGAAAUUUAUCUUUCUUUUCUUCUUAGCUUAAAUUAUUUUAUAUUUUUCAUAAAAAUAAGCGAAGAGAGAGAGAGAGUGAGUGAGCUGAAUAACAAAAGCCAUUAUAACUCCAUGGAGAUGGAGGAUCAGUACGGCAUGGCGGAUCUAAGGCAGCUAAUGAACGGAACAAGGUCUCAUUUCCCGGCAAUCCCACAACCCACUGAGCUAUUCCCGGGUCACCGCCCGGGGAUAAGUCCGGCGGUUCAACCCUUUGAGAUGAUGAUGAUGGGUGGUCAUCCAGUAGUUGGCCCCGCCGCUGAUAUUAUGCCACGUGGGUUUCAUCAUCAUCAUCAUCACCAACACCAUCAGUUUAUGAGGUCUGACUCCGCGGCUACCUCUGGUGGCGCCUCUAUCACUACUAUUACGGCUACUUCGGCGCCUUCUCUUAGCGGCGGUGGCGGCGGCCUGGAGUUGGCUGAGAGCGGCGGCUGCCUUGGAAUGAUGGAUGGUGGAACGGGAAGGUGGCCAAGGCAAGAGACUCUUACUCUAUUGGAAAUCAGAUCCUGUCUUGAUUCUAAGUUCAAAGAAGCUAAUCAGAAGGGUCCCCUAUGGGAUGAAGUAUCUAGGAUCAUGUCUGAAGAACAUGGCUACCAAAGGAGUGGGAAAAAAUGCAGAGAGAAAUUUGAGAACUUGUACAAAUACUACAAGAAGACAAAAGAAGGUAAGGCCGGAAGACAAGAUGGUAAACACUACAGAUUCUUUCGUCAACUUGAAGCUCUUUACGGAGACACUAGUAAUCAUCAAGUGUCAUCAUCAUCACUCCCAGAAGCUCAUUUCGUCGGCAACAAUCUUCGAUUCCCAACCUUAAACACUCCAACAUCUCAAGCAAAUAAUAACCAGUUAUUAGAUCAAGGUCCUUAUCAGUCUCACCUGAAUAAGCAUACUUGUGAUAGCCUUAGCCUCUCGAAUUCGUCCGAGUUCGAAUCGUCUUCCUCGGACGACAACAAUGAUUUUAGCAACGCCGGGCUGGUGAUGGCGGACAAUGAUUCAUCGGAGAAAAUGAUGGUGAUGAUGAGGAGGAAUAAGAAGAGAAGUGGUAGUGGAGGAAGCCGCUGGAAAGUGAAGAUAAAAGAGUUCAUUGACUCGCAAAUGAGGAAGCUAAUGGAGAAGCAAGAUACUUGGUUGGAGAAGCUAAUGAGAACCCUUGAACAAAAGGAGAAAGAGAGGAGUUUAAGAGAAGAGGAAUGGAGAAAACAAGAAUCGGCUCGGAUUGAUAGAGAGCACAAGUUUUGGGCCAAGGAGAGAGCUUGGAUUGAAGCUCGGGAUGCUGCUUUAAUGGAUGCUUUGCAUAAGUUAACUGGGAAAGAAGUACAUUAUAAGGUUUCCUCGCCGGAGGAGGGUCUAAUGUUGGCUGCUGCGGCCGCGGCUGCAGGCGAAAACAACGUACCAGUCGAUGAAGGCGAGAGCGAAACACAAAACCGUGACGAAACAUGGCCGGAAUCCGAGGUGUCGAGAUUGAUUCAGUUCAGGACAAGCAUGGAUUCGAGGUUCGAACAAGGCGGUUUUCCGGAGGAGGUUUUGUGGGAGGACAUAGCGGCGAAGUUGGCUUGUUUGGGGUAUGAAAGGAGUGGUUUGAUGUGCAAAGACAAGUGGGAAAGCAUCAACCAUUAUGUGAAGAUAUCUAAUAAUAAGGAGUCGAGUAAGAAGCGAAAAGAGAACUCGAGAAGCAGUAGUGGUAAUUACUUUCAGAAUAAUACUACUACUACUAAUGAAAACUCAGCUACUACUGCUAAUAAUAAUAACAACAAUAACUCGUUGUAUAAUCAUGGAGGAGUUUAUUCCUGUGAUCAAAUGAGUGAUCAUCAAGGUGCUGGUCAAACUACGGCGAGACUACCAGUCAACGAUGGUUCUUCUCCUUCUAAUGCUAAUGUUCAUGAUAGCUGCUUUCCGUUCUUGAUGGGAGAAGGAGACAACUUGUGGGAAAAUUAUGGACUGAAGCUCAGUAAAGGUGGCCAAAACCAGUGAUAUAUUGAUGAUGAUGAUGAUGAUGAUGAUGGUGAUGAUGAACAUAAUAAUGGUCAUCAUGUCAUUAUAAGGAGCAAACGACAGUUUGUUCGGCGUCGUUUUUUGUCAACUGGCUGAUUAGCUAUAGGGUAAUGGGAAUUGUUUUUUUUUUUCUUUCUUUUUUAUGUUGACUUCUUAUUAUGAGAUAUAAAAGUUUGACAACUUGCCUCGGUUUGGAAUAUGGGAGGUUUUUUUAGAUUAUUUUGUAAGAAAUUAAGGAGCUAACUCAUGAUUAUGGGAUUUAUGUAUAGGGACUUUUGAGAACUUAUUUUGUGACAUGGAAAUUCUGAUGAUCAUCAAGAAAAUAAUGGAUAUUUUAUAUUAUAUGAUCUCUGCUUUA